AUGGAUUAUGCUUAUGUACAGGCGAUUGGUAGGUCAGGGGGUCUCUUUUCUCUAUGGAACCCGGAAAAAUUCAAGGUGGAUCAGGUUGUCAAGAAUCACAGAUUUCUCUUGACCUCGGGGCAGGUUACUGGGUUGGAUAAGAAGUUGAAUAUCAUUAAUAUUCACGCUCCUAACGAUCCGCCUUCUAGAAGAUCUCUAUGGGGAGAAAUUGCAAAUCUCAUUACCCAGGACGAUAUCUGGGUGGUGAUGGGAGAUUUUAACGAAGUGCGGAUGGAGUCGGAACGUGUUAACUCCAGGUUUGAUCGGAAUCUUGCAGAAGUGUUCAACAAUUUUAUUGAAAAUACUGGUCUCUUUGAAUACUCAAUGGUGGGGGGAAAUUUCACAUUUUUCUCUGGUCACGAAGAAGUUAAAAUGAGUAAAUUGGAUAGAUAUUUGGUGAACGAGAGUUUCUUGACCGAGUGGCCUAAAACGAUUCUAGAAGUUCAUAAAAGGAGCCUUUCGGACCACUGCCCGGUGUCGUUGUCCUGUUUAUCCGCUGAUUUUAGCCCGAUUCCUUUCAGAUUUUUUAAUUCUUGGGUUGGGGAAUCUAAAUUGGAUGAAUUGGUGAACUCGAAACUCGAUGGGUUGGUUCCAUGGGGUAGAUGGGAUAAGGCUGUUUUGGGGAUUUUAAAGGAUCUCAAAGAUGGAAUCAGAAAAUGGAGACUAGAAAAAAAGGUAGAGGAGAACAAAGAGAUGGAAGGUUUAUUGGCUUCUCUCGACAGAUUGGAUGAAAAGGCUGCUAUCGGUCCUAUUUCCUUAGCUGAAAAAAAAAUGUAG